AUGGAAAUGUUCUUUGCUGUUGUCAACAGCACGUUGAUGUGUUCAAUUGCGGCUAUGCGUAUUAAAAUAAUCACAAGCAAAUUCGCCGUUGGGACUUCUCCUAUUGUCUCGAAGAUAUCUCUGGGUUGCGUGGCCUUCUCUAUACUAUAUGGCGUGACAUGUGCAAUAUGCUCUGUUUCUCCAUCGAUCUUUUCCAAUCAUCAGGGUUCCUCGAAUAAUUCCAAACUACCUAAUUUGAUCGAUGAUGAAGAUCACGUUAGCGUUAGUGCGAAGGUUUAUCGUAAAAACAAACUGAUUACUGAGUUUUGUAGUGUUUCAUUCGGUAUUCUUGUACCGUCAAUUAUAACAGUGUUAGUAUACGUGAAUAUAAUAUUGAUAAGCAAAAGGCGCAUUGCUGUAAUGGAAUACAGUUCUCCUGUUAUUGAAAAUGUAACUCUUUCAAUAACUGGGAGACGGAACAUAAACAUUGCCCCAUUAGAACUACCCGUGUCUUCGAACGCUUCAAACUAUGAUCGUUCCAGUUUCCAGAAUAAUCCAACAAAUAACAUACAUCCUCACCAAGCUAAAAACGCCAUCAACAAUCUUGCUACCCCACAUGUACAUGAGCAUGGUAGGCGGUUUGGCCUUGACAUAGGCAAACUAAAAAGACUGUCCACGAAAAGGAAGAGUCGAGGCCGUGACUGCAAUUUAGUACGCUCUGGCCAAAUAAAAUUGGAUGGUCCAACAGUUUUAUCGAUACAAGGAGAAAGCACUCUUGCCAGAUCGACGCUAAAUGAAGAGCAAUCUUUUCGGAGCAGAUCUACAGUAACACGCUGCAAAAAUAAUCCAAGGUAUCGUCACUAUCGAAAAGCAGUGGAACGCAGCAUUAUCAUUAUUGUACAUGUUUUUUUGUUCAAUCUAUUAUACGUGGCGCUACGCAUUGCUGGUGUGACGCAAAAAAGCGAGGUCUUGCGAUGUUUUGCGACGUACAUUUUUCUUGUUGGUAUCACAAUCAUGCCAAUAACAUUUGGAAUAUUGGGUAAAGAACGUCGUGACAUCAUCAAAGAAACUGUGAAAAAAACUUCUGACAGAUUAUCUCGUUUCUUUGCAAUUAGGAAUCCCACUGUAAUUCCCGAAACUAUUACAUAUAUAGCUACCCCUGGUUCUACUCCCGCCUUACUGCUGUCAACGAUAGGGGAACAAGCUGUAGAAGAAGAUCUAACAAGCAACGGUCCUAUCACGUGUGAAUCGCAAGCGAAAAGUGUCCGGACGCUCUCGGUCAAUGAAUUCAAAAAAACUUACAACACAAAAAGUUCAGCACUUGGUAGAAUUUCUCAAUCUGAGUUGAUGAAGCGAAGAUUUCGCUUCUUAUUUUCAGAUAUUGGAACCACAGCUUCGUCUGACAAUAUUGUUGGGCAUUCGAGUAGAUCAAUCGCCAGUACAAUCCGAUCAAGAUCUAGGCAAGGCUCAAUAGAGAGUAGAUACCCGCAUACUCCGGGCAGUAAAUCAAUCAUGUCAUGUCUCACCGUUACACCAAACAUUUCGACGCCAUCAAAUGCUCUGUCACCAAUGACGCCAACUUAUGCUCUGUCACCUAUGACGCCAACAUAUGUUUUGUCUCCUUUCAGAACAAGUCCAGGCCUGUCGUUUCUUGGAACAGAAUAUAUCCCUCCAAAUGCAUGGUCAGAAAAGCAUCUCCAGACAUUCGUUUCAAAUGUGAAAGGGUCACCUUCCUUCAAUACAUAA